AGUCAACCAUAAGCCUUGGUUACCUUUUACUUCCCAUAAAACCAGACCAAAACAGAGGACUUUCCCACUCCUCUAUUUCGUUUCAGAGAGUUUGAAACAGAGGACGCUAACCAAAACUCAAAGCUGAGUAUUUUUGAAAAUGAAAUCGGAGACUUUGACGUUGGUUUUGGUGAAUCUCGCGGGAAUCAUGGAGAGGGCUGACGAGUCACUGUUGCCUGGGGUGUAUAAAGAGGUUGGUGUUGCUCUUCAUACAGACCCGACUGGGUUGGGCUCGUUGACUCUGUUCAGAUCCAUAGUUCAGUCGUCUUGCUACCCACUUGCGGCUUAUCUUGCUGUGCGUCACAACCGUGCUCAUGUCAUUGCUCUUGGUGCUUUUCUCUGGGCUGCCGCCACCUUCCUCGUUGCCUUUUUCUCCACUUUCUUGCAGCUGGCGAUUUCAAGAGGUUUGAAUGGGAUUGGACUUGCCAUUGUCACACCAGCCAUUCUGUCCCUUGUUGCUGACUCAACCGACGAGAGCAACCGUGGUACUGCUUUUGGUUGGCUACUACUUACAGGAAACUUGGGUGGCAUCAUUGGUGGUCUCUGCGCUGUACUUAUAGCCUCAACAUCAUUCAUGGGAAUACCUGGUUGGAGAUUAUCUUUCCAUCUGGUUGGACUCAUUAGUGUAAUUGUUGGUGUAUUGGUCCGCGUCUUUGCUAAUGAUCCACGCUGCUCUGACGGUGAUAGUAGAGCUAAAGAUCAAAUCCAGCGCAAGUCUUUUAUGUCGGACAUGAGAUGCAUGAUCAAUGAAGCGAAAUCAGUUCUUAGAAUCCCAUCUUUUCAAAUCAUUGUGGCUCAGGGUGUCUCUGGGUCAUUCCCAUGGUCUGCUAUGUCAUUUGCAGCUAUGUGGUUAGAGCUCAUUGGAUUCUCCCAUGGUAAGGCGUUCCUUUGGACCCUUUUUAUAGUUGCUUGUUCACUUGGAGCUCUCUUUGGAGGAAAGAUGGGGGAUAUCCUCGCAAAACGCUUACCGAAUUCUGGGAGAAUAAUGCUUUCACAGAUUAGCUCUGGUUCAGCCAUUCCUUUUGCAGCUAUUUUGCUGCUUGUGUUGCCUGAUGACCCAUCCACAGCAUUCUCACAUGGUUUGGUUUUGUUCCUUAUGGGAUGCUUCAUAUCAUGGAAUGCUGCAGCAACUAACAAUCCAAUAUUUGCAGAGAUAGUCCCUGAGAAGUCCCGUACCAGCAUCUAUGCUCUCGAUCGAUCUUUCGAAUCCAUCUUGGCCUCCUUUGCACCCCCAAUAGUUGGGAUUUUGGCACAGCAUGUUUACGGUUAUAAACCAACCCCAAAAGGGUUAUCAGAUUCUAUACAGAUUGAAACUGACAGAGAGAAUGCUGAAUCACUAGCCAAAGCACUGUACACAGCAAUUGGCAUUCCAAUGACAAUCUGUUGCUUCAUUUAUUCUUUCCUCUACUGCACGUAUCCUAGAGAUCGAGAACGGGCAAGAAUGACUGCUUUAAUUGAGUCAGAAAUGCACCAAGCAGAAACAGAUACUACUUCAUCAAGAGAAGAUUAUUCAGAAAUUCUUGUCUCAGAAUCGAAAGAAGUUGAUGAAAAGGAAAUGACUGAAAUUGACAUGGAAUAUGGUGGUGACGAUGAAAAGGACAUUGCUUUUGAUGAUAAUGAUAAGAAGUCUCUUCUUUCCCGAGAGUUGACACUUUCAGAGGUGGGAAAAUAACUUACCCGCAAGUUGCAAUAGAAGCAGGAUUCAUCAAAAGCUUUAACCAAGAUCAAUAUCUUCUUCAUACCACAUUUUAUUACUCAUAGUUUUGUUUGGAGUAGUUUAAUAUGUUUCACGAAUUGAUAAUGAUUAAUGAACAAUGUAUACCAUGUUUAUAAAUCUGUUGAUUUGUUUUGAUCGUACACCUUGCCAAUCGUAGUGACUAAAUCUGUACUGGUUUUCAUUUCUUUA